CUGGGCCGGGGGCGGCGGCGGGGUUCUUUCUCGGUGCAUGGUCUUACCCGCGCGACGGUGCUGCUCUGUGCCUGUGAUGGAGGGCGUGCGCUGGGCCUUUUCGUGCGGCACAUGGCUGCCGAGCCGCGCCGAAUGGCUGCUGGCGGUGCGGUCGAUCCAGCCUGAGGAGAAGGAGCGCAUCGGCCAGUUUGUCUUCGCCCGGGACGCCAAGGCAGCCAUGGUACUACAGGCCGGUCGUCUGAUGAUGAGGAAAUUAAUUGCAGAGAAAUUGAAUAUCCCUUGGAAUAAUAUUCGUUUGCAGAGAACUGCAAAGGGAAAACCAGUUCUUGCAAAAGACUCCUUGAAUCCUUACCCCAAUUUCAACUUUAACAUCUCGCAUCAAGGGGACUAUGCUGUGCUCGCUGCUGAACCGGAGCUGCAAGUCGGAAUUGAUGUAAUGAAGACUAGUUUUCCAGGUCGUGGUUCAAUUCCAGAAUUCUUUCAUAUCAUGAAAAGAAAGUUUACCAACAAAGAAUGGGAAACAAUCAGAAGCUUUAAUGAUGAAUGGACUCAACUGGAUAUGUUUUACAGAAAUUGGGCCCUGAAAGAAAGCUUCAUAAAAGCCCUUGGUGUUGGACUAGGAUUUGAAUUACAACGGCUUGAAUUUGAUAUAUCCCCGUUAAAUCUGGAUAUAGGCCAAGUUUAUAAAGAAACACGCUUGUUCCUGGAUGGGGAAGAAGAAAAAGAAUGGGCAUUUGAGGAAAGCAAAAUUGAUGAGCACCAUUUUGUGGCAGUCGCUCUGAGGAAACCAGAUGCACCUAGACGUCAGGGCAUUCCAGCUCAAGAUGAUUCUAAACCAACUCAGAGGGAGUUUACUGUCCUCACUUUUAAUGAUUUAAUAUCAUCUGCUGUUCCGAUGACCCCGGAGGAUCCUUCAUUUUGGGACUGUUUUUGCUUCACAGAAGAAAUUCCGAUACGAAAUGGCACAAAAUCAUGAUAGGAUUCCCUGAGGAACAAAGGGAAAUGAAAGCUGUUUGUAAUCUUCUGUAUUCACUGAAACAAUAAAUGCCUGAUAGUAUCACAUUUUAUUUCAAAAACCCAUUUUUAAAAAAACAAACCCAUUUUCCUAUUAAAAACACCAGGCUGUCAGUUCAGGCUAAUUCCCUAGAACACACGUUUACCUCUUGCCCACAUCGCACUGGAUUAACAGAAGGAGCAGAAUCUUACAGUGAUAGGUGCUCUUUGUAGAAAACAGUAGAAAAUCAAAUAUGCAAAGGGAACAUUGACAUUUUUAUGUUUCAGAGACCAUGAUUCCUAAAACCUGAAGUUUCUCUCCAGACCUUUCUCUUGGCAAAUGAAUCCGUAUUAAUCCACUUUCUGUUUUUAAAGGAAACAGUAUUUUGUUAUUUUUUUACCAUCUUAAUUGUUCAUCUCCUGUUCAUCAGUUUGUGUCUGUGUCCUGGACUUCCCUGGCGCUGAUGUCCUGACCAGAGGUAACAGGUCCAAAUAACCCCGGGCAUUUCUCUCCGCCUCAGCACACGCACACGGGCACACAAUCAGCCGCCUAUCUCUCUGUUCUGCCGCAGGCUCCCUCCCUUCUCCAGAGAGCUGCUCCUGUGACUUGAGCCUCACAUCUUGGUAGGGUUGGGUCUCAAAGGCCGGAAGGGCCCUUCAUUUCUCCUCUCACAUCUUAUUUUCAUCCGUGAAGAGGACCUCCCAACAGAGCGCACACGUUUCCCCCUCAGCUUCUCUUGACCCAGAGCAGACACCUGAUGUUAGCGGCCUCUGUGGGGAGUAGACCCGUUGUAGGAGAGCCCGGCGAUGGGGGGGUGCGGCCUCCAGGGCGCCCCGCCACCUGCCAUCACAGGGAAGAUCCGCUCUGCACCCCGCGCACCCCCUCCCGUGCUGGACGUUGUGACCGUGUGCGGGGUUGAGUGUGAACAUGGGUGCAGUGCAUGUCCUCGCAGCCGCAUGCUGGGGAACAUGCUUUUCCUCUUCCUGAAGAGCGUCUCCAGCUGCGGUUCACAGGCUUAAACCGUCGGAGAGCUUUGAGAAGAAAAGGCCGUGCGGCUUCCACUUGCGGCGAGUGUUCUGUGUGUGACCACCCGUUCACCCGCUACCUACGUUCUUCCUGGUCAAACGGGCAUAUUCUCCUGCCUUUUUUUUCACCUGAUCUUUGCCAAUAUAAGUGAAAAAUGGUGUCUUGUUUUUUUAAUUUGUAGUUCUUUUAUUACUAAUGAGAUCGAUACAUCAAUGUUGUUACUGGCUGUUUUUAUUCCUUUCUUCUGAGCCACUUGUUCAUCGUCUUUACCUGUUUUAAUUCAGUAAAUUAGCACUUAAAGUGGGAGCAUAAUAUAGAAGAUGCCAAAACCAUCACAUCGGUGACAGAAUCUAUUACAUGGCUGUAGUGUGCAUGUCUUGGGGAGUUAAAGUCUUGUUGUUGUGAAAUACCAAGAAGUGAAAGGAUUUCAUUGUUUUUGUUAGUAAAAUUAACAGUGUAUAAAUUGCAUAAAAUUAGAUACUUUGCAAAAAAACACCAUUGGAAUGUUUUGUAAUUUUUUAUUUCAUCAAGCAUGCCCAAAUACUCCAAGCAGAGUAAGUAAUGUUUUUAAAAGAUCAAGUAGCGUAUAAAAUAGGAAACCUUGUUGUCCCUUAGCAUGAAUGUAAUAGUGAUAUGAAAACCUGUCAUCCUAUCUUGUCGUGAUAAUAAAGCAAUUAACAGUGAACUUUUAUGGGCCAAGAA